UCACUAUAUAAACACACUUUUAAAAUCAAACUUAUUUUAUCCAACAAAAAUCAUCAUGCGUUUAGAGACGUGCUGUUUAUUUCUGCUCCUUUUGGGUUUUUCCCAUCAAACGGAACGAGAUUGUAUUAAAUCGCAAACGACCGUGAGCGGUACUUUCGCACCGAGAGAUUUUUGCUCGGGCGAUCUUAUUUUUGAGGAAAAUUUCGAUACCCUCGAUUUCAAAAAAUGGCAACACGAAAAUACUUUAGGCGGUGGCGGAAAUUGGGAAUUUCAAUGGUACACGAACAACAGAACAAAUAGUUUCGUUAAAAAUGGAUUGUUACAUUUAAAACCAACAUUAACCGCUGAUCAUAUGGGCGAACCAUUCUUAUCUUCCGGUACUUUAGAUUUAAACGGAGGUUCUCCAGCCGACGAAUGUACUAAUCCAGCUUGGUAUGGUUGUACAAGAACCGGAACACCAGAAAAUCUUUUAAAUCCGGUAAAAAGUGCGAGAUUACGCACCGUAGAUUCAUUCUCUUUCAAAUAUGGCACUCUUAGAGUUAGCGCAAAAAUGCCGGCUGGUGAUUGGAUUUGGCCAGCAAUUUGGUUAUUACCCCGUUAUAAUGAAUACGGCGGUUGGCCUACUUCCGGUGAAAUAGAUUUGGUCGAAUCUAGAGGUAAUAGGGAGUUGUAUCAAAAUGGACAACAUAUUGGUACGCAAUUAGUUGGAUCAACUUUACAUUGGGGACCUGAUUAUUCGCGAAAUGGAUACCCCCAUACUCAUUGGGAGAAAAGAAAUCCUUCCGGUUACGACAAUUUAUUCCACGUGUACGAGUUACAAUGGACUCCGAAUGAAAUUAAAUUUUUCGUCGAUUCCGAACAAAUUGGAACUAUAACUCCCCCGGCGGGAGGUUUUUGGGAGUUGGGAGGAUGGGGAAGAAAUUUGCAUAAUCCUUGGGAAGGAAAAGGAUUAAUGGCUCCUUUCGAUCAAGAAUUUUAUAUUAUUUUAAAUAAUGCCGUUGGUGGUGUUGCUUUCUUCCCGGACGAUGCUACUAAUCCUGGCGGAAAACCAUGGAAUAAUGAGUCACCAAAGGCCUCAACCGAUUUUUGGAAUGGUAGAAAUCAAUGGUUACCUACUUGGACUUUAGAAAAUGAUAAUUCCGCUUUACAAAUUGAUAGAAUUGAAGUAUGGGCUUUAUAACAAAAUCCAUGUCUUUGAGAAAUAAAUAUACAUAUAUAAAACUGUA